CGUGAAGGAAGCAGCAUGGCCGACAGACCAGAAGCAGCGUUGGACCGGACUCAGGUGAAAAAGGCCGUCCAGGCUCUGCAGGCUUUCCUCGGAACAAAGUCCACCAAAGACUCCCUGCUGCUGGACGACACCCAGCACAUCAGCCUGCUCUUCACCUUCUGGAAGAUCCCCAAGGAGGCGCAGACCAUCCGCAUUCCUCUGCCCCAUGGCCAGCGCACCGACUCGGAGGAGGUCUGCCUCUUCACCAGAGACGAGCCCAACAUGACCUCCGAGCAGACACAGAGGUUCUACAAGCGGGUGCUGGAGGAGAAGGGCAUCAAGAACAUAACUGAGAUCAUCCCCUACAAGGUCCUGAAGACGGAGUACAAACCGUUUGAAGCUAAGCGCCGUCUGUUAGGAAACUUUGACAUGUUUCUGUCCGAUGACCGCAUCCGGCGCCUGCUGCCGUCCCACCUCGGAAAACAUUUCUACCAGAGGAAGAAGGAGCCACUGUGUGUGAACCUGACGAGCAAAAAUCUGGCCAGAGACAUCCAGAGCGUCAUCCAGGGCACCUACCUGAAGGUGACCAACAAAGGCAGCUGCUGCAUGGUUCGCAUUGCUCACUCCAGCAUGACGGCAGACGAGGUGACCGAAAACAUCGAGGCUGCUGUCAAAACCGUGGUGGGCAAAAUCCGUAUGAAAGGACCAAUGAUGAAGAUCAUUCAUUUGAAAAGUCAAUCAUCAGUGGCGCUGCCCAUCUUCACCUCUGACCUCACACACACCAGCGUGCUGCAGCAGGCAGAGAAAGAUGGCGAGACUCCAAAGAAAACGAGAGGAGCAGCAGCUAAAAAGAAGGUAAAGAGAAAACAGAAAGGCGGCACAAAGCAGACAGAUGCGACCACAGAGGGGAACAAGGAGGGGGAGGAAGAAAUCCCACAGCUGGUUCCCAUGGAAACGCCAACCAAGAAGCCCAAACUGGAGAAGCCGCUGAAAAAGAAGCCGUUGGGGAAAUCUCCCAGACCCACUAUGAAGAAAGGAAGAAAAGGACAGAACAGACAGAGGAAGACGGGUGGCAAGCCCGAGUUCAGAGGGAAAAGAAAAGGAAUUAGAGGGAAAUGAGUCCAUCAGAGAAUGUUUUUGUACAUUACCCUCAAAACACGGACGUUUGACAGUUAUACAGGAGCUGAUAAUUCAGAAAAUGGUCUAUAUAUUCAAAGUCUGUUUUUCUCUUUGUGCUCGAGUGAACCGGAUUAUAAAGUUUGUUAUCUGAAA